AUGGGGCAUCUCCAUAUGAGGGCAUUAGAAAGGCCUUCGGAGAUGUUGGCUUGUGUUAGGGGAUUUGGGGAGGUUUUAGGAAGCAGGAGUUUGUUCUGGUUUGGAUGCAGUCAGGAAGUAGAGAGGAGUUCAAGAAAGAGGCCGUUAGACUGGGGUGGCCCUAGUGCCGUUGGCAGCCUGCAUAAGCAGACCAAAACCAAAGGCAGAGUCAGUGCACUGGAAUCGGAGAAAACGAAACUCAAGAACACGCAGUCCUCAUUUUUAUCCCAGAACUUUUUGGUUUAUACAUACAAUUAAACUGGAUCUUUGCAUUCUGUGUCUUCAUAUUUUAAGAUGCAUUGCCAUUACCAAGGAUAUGUUGCAGAAUUUCCAAAUUCGGUUGCAACACUCAGCAUCUGUGCUGGACUCAGGGGAUUCUUUCAGUUUGAAAAUAUCAGCUAUGGAAUUGAGCCGUUGGAAUCUUUAGUAAGAUUUGAGCACAUCAUUUAUCAAGUGAAGAAUGACAAUCCAGAUAUACCAAUCUUCAUUUGUAGCAGCCAAAAGGGCCAGCCUGUUGACGAUAACAUUUAUAUAUAUGAAAAGUCAGAAUCAACUGUUCCAGAUUUAAUUCCUCUUUAUCUAGAAGUACAUAUUGUGGUGGACAAAGUUUUGUAUAAUUACUUGGGCUCUGAUAGCAUGAUAGUAACAAAUAAAGUCAUCGAAAUUAUUGGCCUUGUAAAUUCAAUGUUUUCCCAAUUUAAAGUUACUGUUGUGCUGUCAUCAUUGGAGUUGUGGUCAGAUAAAAAUAAGAUUUCUACAGUUGGUGAGGCGGAUGAAUUAUUGAGUAGAUUCUUAGAAUGGAAAAAGUCCUAUCUUACCCUAAGACCUCAUGAUAUUGCAUAUCUAUUCAUCUAUAGAGAUCAUCCAGAUUAUGUGGGAGCAACGUUUCCUGGAAAGAUGUGUGUUACCCAUUAUUCUGCAGGAAUUGCUUUAUAUCCCAAGGAGAUAACUUUGGAAGCAUUUUCAGUUAUUGUCACCCAGAUGCUGGGAAUCAGUCUGGGAAUAUCAUACAAUGAUCUAAAGAAAUGUCAAUGUUCAGGAGCCAUCUGUAUAAUGAAUCCAGAAGCUACGCAAUCCAGUGGUGUGAAGACAUUUAGCAGUUGCAGUUUGAGCGACUUUGAAAAUUUCAUUUCAAAAAUGGGUGUCAAAUGUCUUCAAAAUAAGCCACAAAUGCAAUCGCCUCCAACAUCAAUUUGUGGUAACUGCAGAGUGGAGGGAAAUGAAGCCUGUGACUGUGGUACUGAGGAACAAUGUGGACUUCAUAGCUGUUGUCAUCCGCAAACUUGUUUGCUGAAAGCAGGAUCACAGUGUGACAGAGGAUCAUGCUGCAGGGACUGUCGACUUGCAGAAGCAGGUGUUGAAUGUAGGCACAGAGUGAAUGCUGAGUGUGAUCUUGCUGAGGUUUGUGAUGGAGUCUCCCCAGAGUGUCCACCUGAUAUAACUAUGCUCAAUGGAAAUUUAUGUAAAGGAGGAAAGCAUAUAUGUCAUAGUGGAGACUGCCAAGAUCCUGAUGCAUGUUGUGCAUCCCUAUUUGGAAAAGGUGGGGGCACUCUGGAUUGUGCUGUGACCCUGGGUCUAGUGGUGCAAGGCACCAAGUUCAGGGGUGUGUUGGUGGCACUGAGUCCAGCAGGGUGUGAUAUCUCCUUGCCUCAGGCCACUAGCAUCCACAGCAUUGAUAAUUAUGUGGUUCCUCACGAGCACUGUGGAUGGUCCACAGUGGCUGUAGGGGCUGUUGGUGUCCUCAGCAGUGCGUUUAGGUACAGUGGAAAGGGACUAAUGCAGGCAGUGGUGGCUGGAGCCUCUUGUGUUUACACUUUCCUUGUUCAUAGCUGUCUCAGGUUUGCUGGUCUUGGUGGGGUGAAACUAAAGCAGGUGAAACCUGCAUGCAGUGCCCUGGAAGGCUGA